AUGGCUGCCUGGACGACGAUUCUAGUAGCCUACCUCGUUGGCGGCAUUACCUUUGUACCUUUGGUGGUUGCUUCGAUAUUCAUUUACGGAUACUAUAAUCUACCCUACCGACGCGUUCUCGGCAUCCAAGAUGAUCACGACGAGGGCGACAUUGUCCAUCCCGGCGACGAUACGACAGCGCUUGACGAAGCCAGGAGGGAGAGGAACAAUAGCGAAUCCAAGAGGGCAAACGCCGAUAUCGAUGUCGCCGCUGGGUAUUUUGCCGUCUGCCGUGAAUACAUACCCAUGGGCAUCAACGCAAAGCCCGUGGAGCGCUCAACACCCAUCGGCUCGGCCACCGUAACCCCUACCAGUCCGAGCGUCUACCAGACAAUGUAUAGGAGUAUAUUCGAUCGCAAGGCUGCUGCAAGCUCCAUGGAGAAUAGCAGCAGUGUUAGCCAGCGGCCCAAGAAGGCAGGUAAUGUCUUCUACGUGGUGCUCAGACAUGGGCAUCUUAUGCUAUUCGACGACGAGGAGCAGCUCGAAGUGCGACAUGUGAUUUCUCUAGCGCACCAUAGAAUAGGGCUAUAUUCGGGAGGCGACGUUACACCCGAAGGUGAAUUGUUCAUCAAACGUAACGCAAUAUCUCUGACGCGAAAAGCCAACGAACCUGAUCAUACGCCCGACAACCAAGGGUCAAAGCCGUUUUACCUGUUUUCGGAAAAUUGCUCGGCCAAAGAGGAUUUCUACUUUGCCAUGCUGAAAAACCAACAGCAUACUUUCGGUUUUGAACAUGUUGCGCCAAACCCCAAACAGUUUGAACUCAAGUCCAUCAUUUCGCUUGUACAGAAGCUACACUCGUCAGAAGAUCAGACACACUCGCGCUGGAUUAACGCACUCAUCGGUAGGAUUUUCCUGGGCGUAUACAAGACCCGAGAUCUGGAAUCGUUCAUCCACGAAAAGAUUACCAAGAAGAUCUCGCGCGUAAAAACGCCUUCGUUCCUCACCAACAUCAAGAUCCAGCAGAUAGACACGGGAGAUGCUGCACCCUACCUCGCCAAUCUGAAGCUAAAAGACCUCAACGUCGAGGGCGAAUGCGUUGUAGAGGCCGAUCUGAGGUACACCGGGAGCUUUCGGAUUGAGGUUGCUGCCACGGCGAAGAUCGAUUUGGGGGCGAGGUUCAAAGUUCGAGAGGUAAAUCUGAUCUUGGCCGUGGUUCUUCGCAGAUUGGAAGGACAUGUUCUGUUCAAAAUCAAACCGCCCCCCAGCAACAGAAUAUGGUUCUCCUUCCAGACAAUGCCAAAGUUGGAGAUGACCAUCGAGCCCAUUGUCAGCUCGAGACAAAUCACCUAUACCGUCAUCACUCGUCAGAUAGAAAAUCGCAUCAAGGAAGUCUUUGCUGAGACAUUAGUUCAGCCGUUCUGGGAUGACGUUCCAUUCUUUAACACGGAACACAAACACUUGAGAGGCGGAAUAUUUGAAGGAGACGAUGCAGUCAAGUCCUCUCCGCAACCUGCCGAAACCUUGGCUCAGGUUGGCGAUGGUGAAAUACCAGAUGUUCUCGACGCCGGCGUUGCCCAACCCUCUGACGAUACUCAAUCCAUAGAGAAGAGCCAAACAAUGACAGUAGUCGAUCCUCUCGAGCCAGCACCAAGUCCACUCGAGAAAAAAUCAGACAAAGUAGGAAUCGCCUUGCCGGCUCUGGCGUCCUCAACCAGCGUGGAUCUGGCGCCUCCAGCCCCAGUCCAUUCUCCCAGGAUUGUUAAAACAUCUACGGAGCCCAUUGUCGGGACAGAAAUAACCCAUGCUGAUCUGUUUAAGCCCUCAACAUCUCCACCAGACUAUGCCAUCAACCAUAUUGCGGCACUGCGCUCUAGAUCCCAGGACACCUCACCGAUACCAAUACCAAUUACAAGGAAGUUGUCACAGUCCACUCUGGUCUCUAGACGAUCUUCCUCUUCUUCAAAGGAGGCGCACGGCAACUCUGGCGCAGACGACGAUAUAAAUGCCAACCACAAGCCUGCGCCGCAACCACUGCAACAUUAUGCGGUAUCAUCCUCCGGAGCAACGACGGGCUCUGAACCGGAUCUCUCUAGAUCCUCUACCGCUAGCUCCAUAAAAUCCCAGGCAGGCCCGUUUAGCCGUAGCCUGUUCCAAAAACGAGAACCUCCCCAUACCACAGCAGCAACUUCUCUCGAGGGUGAGGCCACGGGGCAAAAGCGGAAUACUUUGGCAGCAGUCACAAAUGCAGCUGCGCAGGCAAGGCAAUGGGGGUGGAAUGCUAUCCAGAGACAAAGAGAGGCCAUGAGGAACAAUGACAAGAAUGUCCCCGUCGACUUGAGCCAGCCUAUGGGCCGAGGGCAGCCCCUUCCGCCACCAGGGACACCACUUCCAAUGCCAACAAAUGGAGGCACCAAGAUAGGGCCUGUUCCCACGUCAAAGCGACGGUCCCCUCAUUUAAUCUUUGAGGAUCAGGCUGCUCUUGUGGCUGAAGAAAGUCAGGGUGCUGUACCUUCUCCCGGGAGACAUCACUCCCCACCGCGGAGAAGGAGACAAGAUAGCCAGCAAGAGGAAGAAGACAGCCCAAAUAUCCUCAUUGUUGCUGCGCCAGAUGAUUCACAACCUACGACGCCUGCGAUCGAGGAUGAGUCACACCAGACCGAGCUUUGGAAUAGAGACUUCCCAGAGAUGCAGCAACAGAGCGACAACGAUAUCAGUGGCAUCAAAUCUGCAACUCUCACCCCUGCGAAUGACACACCCAAAGGCUUGGACGCAGAGAUUUCUCACACUGCGAGCCGACCUAUUCCACCAAGCCCGUCAGCUUUCGCAGAGCCGAAUGACGAUGAUGAUUAUUCCGCAUGGAUGGUGGACGACUAG